UGCUCACUGGAAGAUUAAUCCUUUAGAGGGAGUUGGAGAGUUAAGCUACUGUAAUUUCUCUGCAGUUGGCUGCAGUAAACAACUGCUCUAAAGACACGAGGAAAAAAAUUGACGGAGGCCAAAGUAAUCCUAUUUCCGUGCAAGGCCAGACUGGGGCUCGGGCUGACUUUCUAGAGCUGGGGUAGAGCACCAGGGUGGCUUCGUGUUGAGUGAAAUGCUUGUACGAGGAGCUGCAAACCUGUGUCAGAUGUGGGAAGGAGAAUAAUCGUUGAGAUGUUUUGGCUUUGCUUGAAAGGACCAUCGCUUCUCACGUGUUGAGGAGAGGAAAAGCCAGCGAGCGAACAGUGCUGAGUAAGGCAGAGCCAAGGAAAGACGCCUGCAUGAAGACUGAGCUGCUGAAAGAUAUCACCAACAACAAAGAGGAAGGGUUUAAUGCCAUGGCUGCAGAUGAAAGUGCUACAGAAAAGCAAGCGGGGGAACCAAAAAUGGCAGUAGAUGGUGAAACCAACGGUUCCUGUGAGCACAGCGAAGCUGGUGGCCACCCAAACCCAGCUAAAACCACUCAGGACAAUACGAAAGUGAGCCAGCAGGACUCCAGUACUAAGUUAAAUAGGAUAGCAGAAAAUGGCAUUUCUGAACGAGAUGGUGAGACUGGGAAGCAAAACCAUCUGAAAGCUAAUGACUUCACACAGACUUCUGUAACAGGGAGCAAUGGAUAUAUUCUAACCAAGCAGAUGGCACAGGAGCAGCCUCUAAGGACUACCAGCACCUUUGCUUCUCUCACCGGCCAUGCUGCAAAAACCCUGCCAGGAGGAGCAAGCAAAGGGAGAACUGUGGGCUCCUUUUCUCAGAUGCAAGCCGCAAUGCCAGCCAAGCUCGGGGAGGGCAGUAAGGACAUGGAUGCUAAAAAAGCCACUGCUGCUAACGCUGAAGUCAAGGUCCACAGAGCACGGAAGACAAUGCCUAAACCCAUCGCUAGCCUGGAGUUGCUUCCUGAAUUGGGAUCGAAGCUGAGUCUGAAACAGCAUGCAAGUAAAGACCCCAAAGAUGGGAGAGACAGCAGAGAUCAAAAAGAACCCAAGGAGGAAGGCAACAAAACCGUCCUGGAGUUUGGGAAGCCGCUGCCGUUGCCCUCACUCCCGGGCCUUCACCAGUCACUACCUCAGAACCAGAGCUAUGUGGCCACCACGAAGUCGCAGACAGCUGCUGCAGUAUCUCGGAAGAAAAAACGGAGAAUGGGAACCUAUAGCCUGGUUCCCAAGAAAAAGACCAAAGUGUUAAAACAGAGAACAAUGAUUGAGAUGUUUAAGAGCAUAACUCAUUCCUCUGCAGGUGUCAAGAGUGAAAAGGACCUGGGUGAUGCCAGCCCUCAUGUGAAUGGGGAAAGCCUAGAUGUAGACUCUGAAGAGGAAGACUCUGAUGAGUUGGAAGAGGACGAUGAUCAUGGAGCAGAACAGGCAGCUGUGUUUCCUGCAGAUGAUAACAGGACCUCUAAAGACAGCGUAUGUGAUGCAGACAAUGCCAGAAAGAUUGACGAUGGCGAGUCUGAGGAGGAACAAGAGUCUGUAGAGUCUCUGGAGGAGGAGGAAGAUGGAGAUGAGUCUGACUUGACAUCUCAGCACCACUUGAUUGCAAACCCCCAGCCCUUCAGGCCUUUGCACACAACACAAGCUGCGGGAAGGCUCUUCCGCAUGGGCGCGAAGGGCUGCUGGGACGCUGCUGCCAACAUGCCUUACAUGCACGUGGCCUCUCUGGUUAUUCAGAGCUCCGAGUCCAGCGUCAAGAAGAAGCUGCUGAAGAGGAAAGGAAAGACGGAGAGUCCAUGGCUGAAACCCACCCGCAAGAGGAGACGGAGGAAUAGAAAGAAACAAGCCAGUGUGCUAGGUGCCGAAGCUUAUAAAUCAUCCUUGGGAGGCAGAGAGGGCCCUGGCCAGGAGAACAGCAUGGAGUACAUGGAGGUGUCCCUGGAUUCCCUGGAUCUCCGGGUGAAGGGAAUCCUCUCCUCGCCGGCGGGAGGUCUUUCCAAUGGUCCUGAAGCAAUGGAAGUAGAUGGGCUCCAGGAAGUCCCCCUCUGUAGCUGUCGAAUGGAAACCCCCAAAAGCAGAGAGAUCACCACGCUAGCCAACAACCAGUGCAUGGCCACAGAGAGCAUGGACAAUGAGCUGGGCCGAUGCACAAACAGUGUGGUUAAGUAUGAACUGAUGCGCCCGUCUAACAAAGUCCAGCUUUUGGUGCUGUGUGAGGACCAUAGAGGGAGGAUGGUGAAACACCAGUGUUGCCCUGGCUGUGGAUACUUUUGCACUGCAGGCACUUUCAUGGAGUGUCAGCCGGAGAGCAGCAUCUCCCACCGUUUCCAUAAGAACUGUGCCUCCCAGGUCAACGACAUGAGCUACUGCCCACACUGCGGGGAAGAGGCCUCCAAGGCAAAGGAGGUGACAAUAGCAAAAGCAGACACAACCUCAACGGUGUCCCUGACCUACGAGCAGCAGAAACCAGCUUCUGUGGAGGGAAGGGCUGACACCACGACAGGGAGUGCCACUGGGACGCGGUUGUCAGAGGAAGACAAGCCAGAAAGUUCAGCUGCUGAGGGGUUUGACAUAGCUGGGUCUUCAGUUUUCCCAAAGCCUUCUACCAGCCUGACCCAGGGACCAGUUAAAGAAACUCUGGAAAGUGCCCUGAUUGCCCUGGACUCGGAAAAGCCCAAGAAGUUACGGUUCCAUCCCAAGCAGUUGUACUUCUCUGCGAGGCAAGGAGAGCUACAAAAAGUCCUGCUUAUGCUGGUGGACGGCAUUGACCCCAACUUUAAAAUGGAGCAUCAGAGUAAGAGAACCCCUCUCCAUGCUGCCGCCGAGUCUGGCCAUGUGGACAUCUGCCAUAUGCUGAUUCAGGCUGGUGCUAAUAUCGACUCCUGCUCUGAAGACCAGAGGACCCCACUGAUGGAAGCAGCAGAAAACAACCAUCUGGAAACUGUGAAAUACCUUAUCAAGGCUGGAGCACUUGUAGAUCCUAAGGAUGCAGAGGGCUCCACGUGUCUGCACUUGGCUGCCAAGAAGGGGCACUAUGAUGUUGUUCAGUACCUCCUCUCCAACGGGAAGAUGGAUGUCAACUGCCAGGAUGACGGAGGCUGGACGCCAAUGAUCUGGGCCACCGAGUACAAGCAUAUUGAGCUGGUGAAGCUGCUGCUUGCGAAGGGGUCGGACAUCAACAUCCGUGACAACGAGGAAAAUAUCUGUUUGCACUGGGCUGCUUUUUCUGGCUGUGUUGACAUAGCAGAGAUCCUGCUGGCUGCUAAGUGUGAUUUACAUGCAGUGAAUAUUCACGGCGACUCGCCCCUGCAUAUUGCAGCCAGAGAGAAUCGCUAUGAGUGUGUAGUUCUCUUUCUUUCCCGUGGCUCAGAUGUCACUUUAAAGAACAAGGAGGGUGAGACCCCACUCCAAUGCUCCAGCCUUAACUCUCAGGUCUGGGUGGCCCUACAGAUGAACAAGACUCUCAAAGAAUCAUCUGCUGAGAAGCCUGUCCAGAUAGAGAAGGUUGUGAGCAGAGACAUCGCCCGGGGUUAUGAGCGGAUCCCCAUUCCCUGUGUCAACUCUGUGGACAGUGAGCCUUGUCCUAGCAACUACAAAUACGUUUCACAGAACUGUGUCACCUCCCCAAUGGACAUUGAUAGAAACAUCACCCAUUUACAGUAUUGUGUAUGUAUAGAUGACUGCUCCUCCAGUAACUGCAUGUGUGGCCAACUCAGUAUGCGCUGCUGGUAUGAUAAGGAUGGCCGACUCCUGCCGGAAUUCAACAUGGCUGAGCCGCCGCUGAUCUUUGAGUGCAAUCACGCGUGCUCGUGCUGGAGAACCUGUAGGAACCGGGUGGUGCAGAAUGGGCUCAGGACUCGAUUGCAGCUUUAUCGGACACAAAAGAUGGGCUGGGGUGUGCGAACGAUGCAGGACAUUCCUCUGGGAACCUUUGUGUGCGAGUACGUUGGUGAGCUGAUAUCUGACUCGGAGGCAGAUGUCCGUGAAGAGGACUCCUACCUCUUCGACCUUGACAACAAGGAUGGAGAGGUUUACUGCAUCGACGCCCGUUUCUAUGGCAACAUCAGCCGCUUUAUCAACCACCUCUGUGAGCCAAACCUCAUCCCCGUGCGAGUGUUCAUGUCGCACCAGGACCUCCGCUUUCCCAGGAUCGCCUUCUUCAGCACGAGGCACAUAGAAGCUGGAGAAGAAAUCGGCUUUGACUACGGAGACAGGUUCUGGGACAUCAAAGGCAAAUUCUUCAGCUGUCAGUGCGGUUCACCCAAGUGCAAACACUCGAGCUCAGCGCUGGCCCAGCGGCAGGCGAGCACCUCGUCCCAGGACACGCAGGAAAACGGGCUCCCCGACACCAGCUCUGCCACAGCAGCCGGCCCCUUUUGAGGCUCCGCUCCCCAGAGACUGACUCCUUUUAACCCAUAGAUUCACAAACUGUCUGAAUUUCCAUUUAAAGAGAAAAAAAAUGAAAAAACACACAAAAAAAAAAGCCCUCUCCAGGAAAGCCAAGAGUUCGUGACGCUUAGGGCUGUGCCACCGACUGUUACUUGAGGAAUAAGUAAAAGCAAACCCCACCUCCGUGAUGAUGCUCUCCCCUCCCUGGGCCUGCAAAGCUGCUGGGUUUCACAGUGUGGAGGGGUGGCUGGUGCAGUUUUGUUCUCCCUGCAAGCUGUCCUGGCCUCCUCCUCUUAGUGUGCUCCCAAGUGUUGUCCAGGGGAGGGCCUCCCGUCCUCGGAAUGUUCAUUGAAUGGAUCACUCAUGCCAAGUCAUCUCCAGUUCGCUUGGAAUAAACUUUGAGUACUUGAUGGAACUUUGUUGCUAAGCAGAGGGAGGGAGGUGCUGGCGUUCGGGGUGCUUGGCACAGCCCCGGGGCAGGCUCUGCUGGUUGGCUUUUGUUGGUUUGUUUGGUUUUUUGGUUGGUUGGUUGUUUCUAAUCAUGGAUUUCUCCCACAUCUCACAGGAUGUUGUGGUGGGGCCUUUCCUGAGGAGCUAGAGGGCAUUUCUAACAAAUACCCUCCUUGUUCCCAAAUCCACCGGCUUCUUUCUCUUCCAACGAGAGGAAACCCAUGCUCCUCACAAUCCCUUUGGUCCCUGGCUCUCCCUGAGCCAACCAGAGAUGUUUCCCCUGAGCCUGGGCUCCCUUUGGGCUUUCUCCAUCAGGAACCAGCUCUUGUCCACACCACUGGGCCCUGUUACCGUCUCCACGGAAGGAUUCCCCUCGCCCCGUCGCAGGAGGUGUUGUAGAGAGGGAAGGUCGAAGGGGAUCGUACAAGACACUAAACUUCUGCAGCAAUUCAGGUUUUUCCUUGUUUUUAUAAACACAAAGUGAAUGAUAAGCGUGUUCUAGAGGACCUCGGCUCGCGGCCGCCGCCAGGGCGAAGAGCAGGCGAGGACAUCCCAGAUGCCACCAGCUCGUCUGUUCCCAUCCCUUUCCUCAACGCUGGGCACCUUCGAUUCGUUUUUAAGCCACCCGCUCUGAGGUUCCAAGAAACUGAGUUCUUUUUUACCAGGACAUUGGGGACUGGCGUUAAAAAACUACAA